GAAAAUCGCCUUCAUGGUUGCGCUGGGGCUGGUGACCACGGAGCGCCUGGNAGAGAUCCAGAGCAAGCGCCAGGAGCGCAAGAGAAGAAGCACAGCCAACCCCGCCUACAGCGGCCCCCUGGAGGCAGAGAGGAAGCGGCUGGCCCCCAACUAUCUCAACACCCCGCUGGUCCUCACGGCCCGAGCCAAUGAGGACCCCUGCUGGAAGGCCUUAACGAAAGACGAAGGCGCGCCCUGGACGGGGAUGCUGGCCAUCGUUCACUCCUGCGUCGCCCACAAGACAGUCAAGGAAGAGGAGAAGCAGAAGCUGCGGCGGCGGGGCGGCGAGCUGCGGAGCGAGCACCGGCAGCUGCAGGAGCGGGACCGGCGUCUGGCCUCGGCCCUGCAGAAAUGCCUGGAGCUUAAGACGAGCCUGCUGGCCCGGCAGCGGGGCGCCCAGUCCUCCCUGGACCGCCUGCGGGCCCUCCUGAGACUGAUCCGGGGCGAGCAGAGGCUGCAGGUCACCAUGGCAACCGCCAGCCCCGGCCCGCUGCUAGCCGGGCCCUGGACCAAGUCCGCGGCGGCAGCCCUGCGCGCUCACUCCGUCCUCCCGCACCCCCCGGGCCACAACUGACCCCCGACCCGUCUAGCACCCUCGGAAAGCCCCGGGCCCUGUUUGAGGCCUGGGGUCUGUCAGCCUUAAUCCACAAGCACUAUGAAUUCAGACAGAAGUGGACCAGACAGACAGCUGAAGGAAGUGGGGGCGGGGCGGGGCAUCCCAGAGCUGGGGCCAGUUGGGAUGGAGGUCUGUGCCCGCACUGCAGAGGGGCCAGUCUGUGCCCGCAGCCAGGCGGCCAGCCCGGUGGCGGCGAGCUGCCCGGGCCUCCGGCUUCUGGGCAAGGCUAUCUCCACGCCCCCGUGCUCCCUGAACCCCCAGGGUCCCAGGCAGAGUUCCUGGGGGCCAGGAAGAUGGCCCUGCCGUGGCGGGGCAGAGGCAAGCCCUCCCCGCUAUCCGUGGAAGGGGCAGCGGCCAGCAGACCUGUAGCUGAGUAGUAGAGGUAGUUGGGGGCCGCGGGGAGCGAGUCUGGGUGGGGCGGAGGAGCUGCUCCGAGUACCUGUCCGGCCCAGCCAGCACUGGGGGCCACGCCCGCCUGUCAGUAUUAUUAGCAGGAAGAGCGGCAGUUUGCCUGAGCGGCUCUGCUGAGGCCUUCCUGGGUGCUGCGGGCCUCCGCGGCCCCUGCCUCCUGCCCACCCCGGCUCCUUUGCGGGCCACGUCUUGUUCUCACAGAGCCCGGGGCAGGGGGUUGGUUGGGGGUUUGCUGUGGCGCCCCUGGCUGCCAGCCUCGCCUCCCCCACUCCCCCUUUCUCGCCAGCACAAACACUAUGCCAAAAAUAACUCUACCUUUGUAUGGUGUUUCCACUGUGAGGUGUUUAAUGUGAAGGGGGCGCCUGCUGGGCUCCCCCGCCUCGGGUGGUCUCUGCUGCCGGGCGGUGGGGACCCUCCCCCGCAGGUGCCAAAAUGGAGCGGCCCAGGGGCGUGGGCACUGGGCCGCCUGGGAGGCGGGGCCUCUCCCUGGCUCGGCUGGGGGGCGGGGUCU